AUGUUCUGGCGCUUUGGGGGAUAUGCGAGUGUCUCCGCUAUCGACUCUCUUCUGGACAAACCCGAUGUCAGCCUCGAAGACCUGCUAGACGAGUCCGAGCUGAUUCAGGAACUCAAACAACUAAACACGAAACUCAUAGAAUAUUUACGGGAAGAUGAUGUUCUCAAAAAGCUUAUGGACUAUGUGAUCGCUCCUAGUCUGGUGAACGAGGAUGACGAGGAUGAUGAUGCAGACACGACCAAUAAGGAGGAGGGCGCUCAAACGAAGGAGGAUGAAUUCGAGGCCAAGGGAAGGAAGAGCGAUCUUUUCAAGGAGGCUUUGGGCUCUGAGGAUUUUGAGCGGAUGGAAAAGGAGCGUCUCAAGCGGGCCUAUGUUGCGUGUGAGAUUCUCUCAUCUGAAGUAUGGUCUAUUCUGGACUCUACCAUGGCCAACCCUGAGCAUUUGCGGAAUUUCUGGGCUUUCAUUCGGCGCCCAGCCCCUCUCGAUUCUAUCCAAGCGAGCUAUUUCACGAAGGUGAACGAGACACUUCUGGACAAGAAGACGGGGGAGAUGCUAGAGUUACUGAAGUCGAUGAACGAUAUUGUACCGGCAAUCCUUCAGCAUGUUGACAACCCCAUGGUCAUGGACCUUCUUUUGAAGUUGAUCAGCUUGGAAAGAGCUGAGGGUGGUCAGGGUAUCGUUGAUUGGCUCAAAUCGCAGGACCUGAUACCAAGACUACUCUCUUUUCUGUCAUCUGAGUGGCCAACUUCCGUCCAGACCUCUGCCGGGGAUUUCCUGAAAGCCAUCAUAACCAUAUCGGCGAACGCAACGCAGAACGACCAAUCCUGUAUCGGUCCUAACAGCCUAACUCGUCAGCUGGUAUCCGUUUCAUGCGUCGAAACUCUCGUAAAAGCGAUGUUGCAAGGGGGUAACGCUUUGACAGUUGGAGUUGGAAUCGUGAUUGAAGUCAUCCGGAAGAAUAACUCCGAUUAUGAUCCAGAGCAUUUGAAUAGCCCCGACUCAAUGCCCUCAAUGUACGAUCCUAUCUACCUUGGUACUUUACUCAGGGUCUUCGCCAAACAUAUCCCCGACUUUGUGGCGUUGAUUAGGAGCUCAAAACACACAGUCUCUGAUGGAGGGAAGAUGAAGAGUGUGGAACGAGGCCAGCUGAGUUCUGCUUGGGGCGCCAAAAUCGAGCCCCUAGGUUUUGACAGGUUCAAAACGUGUGAGCUAAUGGCGGAGUUACUCCAUUGCAGCAAUAUGGGUCUCUUAAAUGAGCCUGGUAGCGAUGAGUACGUCAAGCAAAGGGAUGCAGAGCGCGAAAGGAUCCUACGGGAAGGCGCGUUUGAUCAGAAUCAUGAAGGUGCUUCAACAUUCGGCGCUAAUGACUCGACCGCAGAUUUUGUCAACGGUUCUCUCGCGGGCUACGGGUCCCCAGAGGACUCCAGAGACUUUGAUACAUCUAAUGGGGGUGACGAAAAUUUCGAAGACGUUAGCUCAUCCGCCGUCCUUGUCGACAAGGAGAAGGGGCCAAACAGCAAAGAGGACAAGGCUGAUCCAGAGACAUCGUCUGCUGCACAGACUCCAAACACUGCUGAUGAGCAGACCUCGACUGAAUUGAAAGGGUAUGACGUUGAUGAGAACAAGGCGCCAUCAUCUGAAACUGCAUCGCCCACAGAUGAGAUCACUUCCCAAAUCAGGAAAAUGUCUCUGGAAAACACACCGGCCAAUGAUGAGAAUCAAAAACCUACCGAGUCUACUGUUCACGCAUCAGCACCAAUGUCCUCAAACCCCGACGCUGUACCCGCCCCUCUGUUUGCCGACAAGGACCAAAACCAAGAAGAUAUUCCUGUCACAACUGAUGCUCCCGAACAGGCUAAAUUUCCAGAGGCGGCCGACAAUGGCGCUGAACAGCUCCCUGCACAAGAGAGCCAGGACGAUUCCUCCCAGUCACUGCAUCCUGAUGUUCAAAUAGACACGAAUGGACAACCUGUUGUCGGCGACUAUCUUAAAAUUAUGUUUGCAGAAAACAAAGUUGUUCCAACCAUACUGGACUUCUUUUUCCGAUUCCCCUGGAAUAACUUCCUCCAUAAUGUUGUUUAUGAUGUCAUUCAGCAAGUGUUCAACGGACCUAUGGACCGUGGAUACAACCGUAUUCUGGCUAUCGACGUCUUUGAGACCGGUAAAAUUACACAGACGAUUAUCGAGGGCCAGAAGCGGAGUGACGAGACGCAGAAGGCCAAGAGGAUUCGUCUCGGGUACAUGGGUCAUCUGACACUCAUCGCAGAGGAAGUCGUCAAAUUCAGCGAGCGCCAUCCCCCAGAGCUGCUCUCUACAACAGUAAUGGACAACGUGUUAAACCCAGAGUGGAUAGAAUAUGUUGAGCAGACGCUCUCUGAGACAAGAGAGCGUGACAAUGCCAUACUUGGCGGUGUUCGACCUGAUAUUUCCGUCGGGCAUCGUCAGGGCAUGCUGGGCACUGGUCAAUCCUCAGCCCUGGCUGAUGCUGGGUUGAAUGGCAUGGCUGGCAACUCGAACUUCCAGGGGUUUGACAUGGUGAAUCAAGGAAGUGUAUCGGGUGGAGCAUUUGGUUCUGGUGGCAACUCAUUGCUCAGUGGAUUCGCAAGUUCGAGUGACGAUGAUGAAGAUGAAGAAUUGGACGAUUUAGACGACCGGCACUUAGCCGAACCAGCCGCGGAAAGCGGCACCGAGAAUGCAUCGAGCCAGCCCAUACCGAUUCUCGCUCCGCCCCCAGCUCCCCUCAGCCUUGGUCCAUCUCGGGCACGACGACAACUCGCUGCACGACUUGCGGCUCACAAACAGGCAGCCGAGAAUGCCGAGGGGGGUGAAAAUGAAGAAGGGAAGCAUGGCUCAACCGAGUUCCAGUGGCCGUCUGACAACUUCGGCCAAGGAUCUAACGAUCAUUCAUCGGAAUUUCCACCUGGUAACGCGUCGUCACCGACGUUCCCUGAGUCUGGUUUCAGUCCUGAAGAAACGUUUUCCACCGACUCUUCUGAUGAAGGAGACGAUUUCGGAGGGUCGAGGCGGCGCAAGGAGCGAGUGCCGCUUGAGGUUGACGAUGACGAUGACGAUAUGGGCGAAAUGGUAGGCCCUUCAAUGGAGUCUCACUUGCUGGACUCCGACGACGAGGAAGAUGCCAUCCUCAACGAAUCGUUGGGAUAUCCAGAACUCGGACCCGGGCAGUAUAAGAGCUUUCGGAGUUCUCGACUGGGACCCUCCCCGUUUGGUGAUGACCAGAAUGAUAGCAGUGAAGGAGAGGAUGAGGGACUAGUGGAGAUUCUGGUCCCAGGCAAGAAGCCUCAGUGA